AUGAAUUUGAUGGCACUUCUCAGAAUACUGUUCUCCUUGAGUAUUGCAUUGACUUGUCCGUCAAUUCUCUACUCCCGACGUGCCAGUUCUCUGUACAUUAUGAAAAACGGAAUCAAUUUUCCAAACGCAAUCGGUCAUACAUUCCUUGCUCUUUUCGUGUCAUUUAUGGUCAUGUCAUGUAAUGGACCAGCCAUUCAGUAUAUUCAAGUCUCCAAUAUGUUAUCUUUCUCUUACGGAAAAGUUCAUCGUCAUAUAUCCAUUAUCCCUGUUUUUGUUGCGAUAACCUCUCUGGCACUCAUAUUUUUUGGAUACGUUCCCCCAUUUUAUACGAUUAGAAUCAGUAGUUUGGUACGGCGGAUUCUGGAGCAAGAGGGAGAUACACCUUAUUUAAUAAUCACAGUUAGAUUGACUUACGAUGAAACAAAUACUAGCAACACAUUCCAGUUGUUAUCCCAAACCUGCACUCUUUUCAUUCUCAUCACUAUGUUCUUCUCAAUUAUCACUGUAAUUUUCUGCACAGUUUAUAUACAGAAACAGAUGAAAAUUCGAUUUAUUGCGAGUUCGAAUUCGAAGAAGUCACAGGAACAAUUGAAUAAAGCGCUCUUGUUGCAGUUUAUUCUUCCCUUCAUUACUAUCCAAAUUCCUUUCUAUAUAGUCGUUGUUCUCCCAUUUUUCGGAAUUACCUGGAGAAACUUCGCCGAUCGAAUAUUCUUCUUAUUCUGUUGGUGUCCAGCUAUCAAUCCCAUUCUUGUAAUUUUGUUAGUCAAGAAAAUUCGAAAAGAGCUGUUCACGUGUGAGAACGGAAAGAAAAGUCAAGCACAGACUCGGUCUAUUGCUUUAGUUAUCAGUCUGUGA